AGCAGCUGGAUUGUGCAAUGUAGUGCUCCAUUUUGUCUGCAGCUCCACUAUUUUUGACACCUUUUUUCCCUUGCUCACUUGCAGGUUAAUGCACGACAAAAAAUAAAUCAGUUUGAAGAAUCGGCGUUGCAUGAGGUGCUAUUAAGCAGCAGGAUCGGGCACUUCUAAAACCUGUACUUUUCGGUGAAGUGGAGGGUGAUUUAAUUUCACAUUCAAACGUUGAUCUUUUGAAGUUGUUCUUUUUUUUCACGGGGACUGAUGAAAGCCUGGCUGUGUUGUUUGAAGUGCGCAGAGCAGCUGGCUUUGUGUUUGUGGACUCCUCCCGUUGUGUGAUGAAGUUCAGAUGCGCGCUGUUGUUCCGUACGCGCGUCACCGGGGCACAGAGGAGCUUUCCCGACGCGAAGGGGGAGGAUGGAGAGAUGCGUGGAUCACGAUCGUGGGAGGCUUUGAAUGUGACAUUACGCCCCGUUAAUUGACGCCCCUCUACUUUGUCGGGAUAUGCUGCCGCCCUUUGCGUGAGCACGAACCGAGCUGCUCUGGAUUCACGCGUCCAAGCACAGUGUUUCGCGUCCGUCUCCCAGUUGAGGGAGAUUCUUGGGGCUGGGUUGGACCGUAGAAGAAAAAUAAAACCUCGGCUCGGUCCUUGCUCGUCUAUGGUGUAGUUUACUCAGACCGAGGCUGUGUUGUGCGCUUUUUUUUCUCCUUUUUUGAUCCAAGAAAUGUUGGCAUGGCCGCCUCUGGAGCUCAGAAGUGUCCGAAGAGUGAGAAGUUGGACGAGGCGCAGGCUUUGGCCAAGAGCUGCGCGGGGAGACCAGACUUCCUGCCUUGCGAUGGACUCUCCAUCUGCGCUACGCACAGCCACGGGAAGUGCUUCAAGCUGCACUGGUGCUGCCACUUGGGCUGGUGUCACUGUAAGUAUGUUUACCAGCCCAUGACCAACGUGUGCCAGCUGCCAAGCACCAGCGUGCCGCCCGUCGGCUCAGAGUGCAGUAACACCAUCGACCUGUCAGUCUCCCUGGCUGAGCGCUUCCUGAAGCUCGCCCCCUGCUUCCAGUCUCCGCCUCACCUGGAGUCACCCAAGUACUGUGUCAUCGCGGACCUGUUUGUGGACGACUACAUUGUCAAACGCAUCAACGGGAAGAUGUGCUACGUGCAGCGCCCGCCGCCUCCCUUACCGGAACCGCCUCGUCCUCCGACCCCUCCCCCGCCGGCUCCAGCUACACCUCAGAUGCCCCAAAAUCCCAGUCAGCCUCGGCAAGCGGUCAAACCGACGCCGCCGACCCAACACACGCCUGCACCCGCGCAGCCGGUCCAGCAGGUGUACAGUGAACACAAACACCCCUCCCCUGUGGAUAAGAUUAAAGGCCCCAAAAUGGACCACUGCUCCUCUCCGUCCAGCUCCGAGGACUCUGGCAUCAACGCGUUGGGUCUGCACUACCUGGAGUCCUGCGAGGAGGAGAGCGAGGAGGAGGAGGAGGAUGACGAGUUGAGCACAGAUGGAAACUCAAGCCCCGGCAGCCUCUGGGAUCAGGACGACUGCUCUCUGCUCUCUCCCUCCAAGUCCAUGAUAGAGAUCAUCGAAAAGAUUGAAACAACUGUGUAACUGACAUGGCAUCCUCUUGGACGCCAUCUGUGCAGGAAGAUCUUCAGAGGAGAAUCAUAUUAUUAAGAAUAACACUCGAGGAUUUAUUUUUCUGGACCAAUAGGAAGCAACCCCCCCUGUGACACUGCAGCAGGGCUUUGCUGGGUUGUUCUGAGUCAAAUUUGUUUUCCUGCAGGUGGCCGUGGACUGUACGCCUACAGUCUGACACAGCCUCUCUGUCCACAUCCUCUGCAUGGAGUGAAUUUCUAGAACUUAUUAAAAUAAUGGAGGAAGCACAAGAAUAUCAAGUACAUGCACAGUGGACCAAAAGAGACCUCCUGUACAUGGUUAUAUGGCGAAAAAUCAAAAAUACAAAAAGAAUCUAGAGUAGGUGCACUUCAGAGGAAAGAAAGAAAGAAAGAAAAAAAUGCGAGGCUUUUUCCUCUGAGAUUUCUCUUUAGGUAUAUAUUACUGGAGCUAAAUUAUGUCUGAACAAAGGUGGUAUAAGUAUGAGUCAUGAUGAUAAUGAGCAGUUAGGUAAUUCUUAGUGUUCUGCAGUUGUCAAUCUGUCAGACUUUAGUGUAAUUCAGCAUUCAAGUGGCAAAUGAGCAUGCCAUUCCUUUUCUCUGGUCAGUGGCUCCACCCACACAUAUUAGUAAUUCUGACACUUCAGCAUAAUAACUACAAGGCCAGCUACCUCUCAUGGGCCUAAAGCAUAUCAGCCUUUUAACCCAUUAAUUACUCAGCUCAGAGCUGCGAGGACACACCUGCUUUUAUCACAUUAAUAAAAAAGGUUUCUGGCCCACAGUUUGUCUGCACUUUACUGACACCAUCACAGGCGGUAGGUAGGUAAGUAGGUAGGUCAGUGUUUGACAAUCAAGGAUUACACAGAAGCACAUUCCUAUACUGUACCUGCCAGUGAAGACCGAGGACAUACCUUCUAAAACCAUUUAUCAGACAUUAACAUAUUCCUCUGACCACAUUUUCUGGUCAGGCUGAACUGAAUUGCAGCGGUGUUCAGGGUUAAUUAGGGCGUAAAGAAAAACAUGACUUGGAGUGACCUGCAUUAGCAGCCAAGAAAUGAAAUAGCAUGGAUGUGUCUCUGGCACAACUACAGUGACAGAAGUAGGAGUGACGUUGUCACGUAAGAGACCAGUAAGACACAUAACGCAGAGGGAAUAUAUCUAAUUUAUACAUAUACACAUAUAUAAUAAUAAAUCUGCAUUGUUAUUUGCUUUUGGGGCUUUUGAGAGUGAUAUAUCUUUCCACGCCGACAGAAGGGGGAGUCUGGGAAACAAGUUCAGGGUAGCCUUUAUUAGUAUGUCACAGUUACUUUGUGCUUUGGAGCAAAAAAAAGUCACUUAAUGCACCUUUCAAAAGGAGAUUACAGUAUGAGAUAGGAUGCUGAAUACGUGUUGUGAUGUUGUGAUGACAUGAUUUAAUAAGAAAUGAGACAGCCCCUUAUUAGUCAGUUGAUAAAAUGAAGCUGGGCUGCAUCUUCCUUUUAGUGUUAUUUUCUGGAGAGUUAUCAGUAAAAAUCACAAAAACUUUCACAAUUAUGUAUUGCUGCAAUGCUAUAAACACUAGAUGUAAAAAAGAUUAUAAUUAAAAAGGCAUUUUGCAUGACUGCAUUGAUUUGCAGAAGUCCCUCAUGUUAAAUCUCAGUACAACUAAUUUUGUGAUUCAGUGUGUUCAAAGAGCAGACAAAUCCUGAAUUCAAAUCCGGUGUUUUUUAUUAAGAGGCAGCCCUCGACGUCACACUGAACACAGUCCCUCCUAAUGCAGUUUAAAACAUACGUUAUGUUCUUAUUAUUGUUAUAUUAUUAUUUUCAUAUGAAUAAAUCUUAAUGAAACUCA